UCUAGAAUUUAAUUAUAGAGAAGGGUUUAAGAAGGGUUUUAAUGGACCUCUGCCGCUCAAUUACUCAACAGUGUAACGGAAUUUGAGAGAAGGCGUCUUCAGAAAACUUGGAAGAGGAUUGUGAGCGAGGACUCGCUGAUCAACCUUACUUAUUCCUAGAGAAGAGAACAACCUUGUGACUGAUUGAUUAUGGGACUGAAUCCGACAUCAGAAGAAGCUUUGAAUCGGAAUGAACCGGCUGGUAUUGAUAAGCAAUUUCUUGCUGCACCUAUAAAAUCAGCUGUUGACAAAUUUCAGCUUCUUCCUGAGUUCCUGAAGGUGAGAGGAUUGGUGAAACAGCACUUGGAUUCCUUUAAUUAUUUUGUAAAAACUGGAAUUAAGAAAAUAGUUCGAGCUAAUGACCGUAUCGUGGCGUCAAAGCAUCCUGGUAUAUAUUUAAGGUUUAAGGAUGUUAGAAUUGGUGAGCCUUCAAUUAUAGUAGAUGGAAGUCCUGAGAAAAUUACACCUCAAACAUGCCGCUUAUCUGACCAGACAUAUGCUGCUCCAAUAUUGGUUAAUGUUGAGUAUAUUGAAGGAAGCCCUGGUCAGAUGACUAAAAUGGAGAAAGAUGAUGUUAUUAUUGGGAGAAUGCCAAUCAUGUUACGAAGUUCUUGCUGCGUCCUCCAUGGGAAAGAUGAAGCUGAACUUGCAAAACUUGGUGAGUGUCCUCUUGAUCCUGGUGGGUAUUUCGUAAUCAAAGGGACAGAGAAGGUGAUUUUGAUACAAGAGCAACUUUCAAAGAAUAGAAUAAUUAUUGACACAGACAAGAAGGGGAACAUUACUGCAUCUGUUACAAGCAGUACAGAAGCAAUAAAAUCCAAAACAGUUGUUGUGAUGGAAAAUGAGAAGAUUUGGCUGCAAUUGAAUCAAUUUCCUAAAAAGGUCCCUAUUAUGAUUGUAAUGAAAGCUAUGGGGAUGGAGAGUAGAGGAGUGAUCGGAGGUUUACAAAUGCUCGGAAGAGAUCCCCGUUAUAGCUCACUACUUUUGCCGUCUAUUGAGGAAUGUGCAAAAAAUAGCGUAUACAAAAGAGCAAGCCUGGAGUAUCUUGAGUCAAAGGUCAAGAAGUCCAUGUUUGCAAGCGAUUCAUCUGAAAGGGAUGGCAGAGCAUACUGUGUCCUGAGAGAUGUAUUUCUUGCAAAUGUACCGGUGCGUCAAAAUAAUUUUAGACCAAAAUGUAUAUAUGUUGCUGUUAUGAUCAGACGCAUGAUGGAUGCUAUUCUAAACAAGGAUACGAUGGAUGACAAGGAUUAUGUGGGGAACAAACGGCUGGAGUUAUCUGGCCAAUUGGUAUCUCUUCUUUUUGAGGAUCUUUUCAAGACGAUGAUGAGUGAAGCUAGGACAAAGGCUGAUAAAGCCUUGGAGAAGAACAAGACUAGCCGCUUUAACUUUUGUCAAUAUAUUUCUAUAGACACUAUCACAAAUGGUCUGGAGAGGACUCUCUCCACUGGUAAUUUUGACGUCAAAAGGUUCAAGAUGCACAGAAAAGGGAUGACCCAGGUGUUAGCUAGGUUAUCAUUUAUAGGGACCUUGGGGCAUGUGACAAGAAUCUCUCCACAGUUCGAGAAAUCCAGGAAAGUAAGUGGACCUAGAGCUUUGCAGCCUAGCCAGUGGGGAAUGCUUUGUCCCUGCGAUACUCCAGAAGGUGAGGCUUGUGGACUGGUGAAAAACCUGGCUUUGAUGACUCAUGUUACUACUGAUGAAGAGGAGGGCCCCUUAAUUUCUCUGUGCUAUUCUUUGGGUGUUGAAGACUUGGAAUUGCUCUCUGGGGAAAGCUCCCACAACCAAAUUUUUUCUUGUGUUUUCUGCGAUGAGAAGUUGAGGAGGGCUGGAAAAAUUGGCGAGUUUGUAAGUGUUUUUGUCAAUGAAAAGCAGGAUCUUAUUAUCAAUGAUGUAGUGAUAUCCUCUAGCCAUCCCCAUUAUCUGGAAAGAGAGGUGGUUAUUGCCAUUGCGUGUGUUUAUUUAGCUUCUGAUGGCGGUAGAGUUUGUCGUCCACUUGUCAUUGCUGAUAAGGGCAUAUCUAGAGUCAAAGAGCAUCAUAUGAAGGAGUUAAUGGAUGGAGUGCGUACAUUUGAUGAUUUUUUACGUGAUGGUUUGAUUGAGUAUCUUGAUGUUAAUGAGGAAAACAAUGCUUUGAUUGCUUUAUAUGAAGGGGAUGCUACCAAAACUACUCAUAUUGAAAUUGAGCCUUUCACCAUCUUAGGGGUUAUUGCAGGGCUGAUUCCUUAUCCUCAUCAUAAUCAGUCACCCCGAAACACUUAUCAGUGUGCAAUGGGAAAACAAGCUAUGGGGAAUAUUGCUUACAAUCAGCUGUGCCGGAUGGACACCUUGUUGUACCUACUUGUAUCCUCAACGACCCUGCUAACUACAAGGACAAUUGAGCUGGUUGGGUAUGAUAAGCUUGGAGCCGGCCAGAAUGCCACCGUGGCUGUUAUGAGCUAUAGUGGUUAUGACAUAGAGGAUGCAAUUGUCAUGAACAAGGCAUCUCUUGAUCGUGGUUUUGGCCGUUGUAUUGUUAUGAAAAAGUACACUGCUAUUAAUCAAAAAUAUGAUAAUAACACAUCAGAUAGGAUACUUAGGCCCGAUAGAACUGCAGAUAAUGCAGGGCGUAUGCAGAUACUUGAUGAUGAUGGGCUAGCUGCACCUGGGGAAAUUAUAAGGCCAAAUGACAUAUAUAUCAAUAAACAAUCCCCUAUCAACACAAAGACACAAAGGAUGGGAUCUGCUGCAAGUUUGCCUGAUAGUGCAUAUCGGCCUAGUAUACAAACAUUCAAAGGUCCAGAAGGAGAAACUUGUGUAGUGGAUAGAGUGGUUCUGUGCUCUGAUAAAAAUAACAACAUGUGUAUCAAAUUUUUGAUCCGUCAUACUCGUAGGCCAGAGCUUGGUGACAAAUUUAGCAGCAGACAUGGCCAGAAAGGUGUUUGUGGAACAAUUGUCCAGCAGGAAGACUUUCCGUUUUCUGAGCGUGGCAUUUGUCCUGAUCUGAUUAUGAAUCCUCAUGGAUUUCCUAGUCGUAUGACAGUUGGAAAGAUGAUAGAGCUGCUUGGAGGAAAGGCAGGGGUUUCAUGUGGCAGGUUCCAUUAUGGAAGCGCAUUUGGAGAAAGAAGUGGCCAUGCUGACAAGGUUGAAACUAUAAGUGAAACUCUUGUGAAGCAUGGCUUUAACUACAGCGGGAAAGACUUCAUUUAUUCAGGUAUUACGGGUUGCCCAUUGCAAGCAUAUAUUUUUAUGGGGCCUAUUUACUACCAGAAAUUAAAACACAUGGUGCUCGAUAAGAUGCAUGCUCGAGGAAAUGGUCCACGUGUCAUGCUGACUCGACAGCCUACAGAAGGGAGGGCCAGGAAUGGAGGUCUACGGGUUGGUGAAAUGGAACGUGAUUGUUUGAUUGCUUAUGGUGCUAGUAUGUUGAUUUAUGAGAGGCUUAUGUUAUCAAGUGAUCCUUUUGAAGUUCAGGUCUGUAGAAAGUGUGGCAUGUUAGGGUAUUACCACCAUAAGCUGAAAACUGGAAUUUGUUCAUUUUGUAAAAAUGGAGAUAAUAUUUCUACUAUGAAACUACCAUAUGCUUGCAAGCUCUUGAUACAGGAGCUUCAAUCAAUGAAUAUUGUUCCCCGCUUGAAACUGGCAGAGGCAUAAGGAGUCUAGAUUCUCAUCUGGGUCUUGUCCUAGACUCUUUAGGUGUACUAAAAAGAAUCCUCUGGCAACUCCACAUUUUUGGGUCUUUUCAUGUCAAGAAUUUACUCUGUUGCCGUAUUUUUGUCUGAGCGUUGUGGACAAAAAAAGCCAGGAGAUAUUGCAUUGGUGAGUCACAAGAUAAUGAGCUGCUUCUUGCAAUGUAAAUUCAAAUGUAAGCGAUGGUUUAUUCUGGAGUGAAGUGAAGGGACUUGUCGGCAGUAUGUUCCAUCCAAAAUUGAAGAGAGAAAUAGAAAGAGGAAGUUUCAUUUUAUCCCAAAUAAUCUUGUUAUUUUACAUUAGGGGUUUUGAAUUUUGAAAUUGUCUUGAAGAAUGUAAUGACAAAAAUAUCAGCUCGAGGUCCCAAAUUGUAUAUAUCAAAAUUCAAGUACUUUCAGUAUAAAAUUUUAGUUUUAAAUAUAUUUGAUUUGAAGUCUUCAA